AUGCGUUUUCUCCCUCGAGUCCUCAUCUUAACUUGCAUAGGCUGUAUUUCCCUGUUAUGGUGGCACCAUCAUCUCUCUACCCCUCAGCAGCAAGACCAUUUGACCAUCAAAGAGGAGAUUGAUGUACCUCUCACAUUUGAUUCUCUGCUACAUAUUCAGCAGGUCAGAAAAAAGACAUUGCGGUCUUUUUGCAGGAAAAAGAGCAAACUCACUAAACUUCCAGCUACUCAAAAGGAAGCUUCCCAACUACUCUCUUCUAUUGCAGUGAAUCACAAACUGAAUUUCCUGUAUUGCAAAAUACCAGACACUGGGGUGGAAGAGUGGGAGCAGCUGUUGGAAGUGAUAUUGGAGAAUGAAAAUGUCACAUUGCAGGUGCCUGUCCCCUAUAACCAGGACUUUGGUAACAAAAUGGCCUUGAGUAAAUAUAACUUGACAUCAAUGGAAGCUCUGCUGAAAGCUUACACAAAAGUGGUUUUCAUUAGGGAUCCUUUCCACAGACUCAUUUCUGCUUACAUGCAUCAGAUGGCAGACAAUCUAACCUUCAAAGAGUUCACUGACUACAUUUUGUACAGUGGAUUGAAGAAUGCCAGUGUUGAAUGGACACCCUUAGUUAAGCUUUGUCAUCCAUGUCUUGUUCAAUAUGACUAUAUAAUAAUGUUUGGGUUUCUUGGCAAUGAAGUGCACCAUUUGAUGCUCCGGACUGGAUUCCCAGACAACAUCCAGAUGCCUAAGUUCAUGGACUCCAAGAUCCAGUGGACAUUUAACUGGCUAGAAGAAGAGAGGUUCAGUGAAUUAUCCCUUGCGCAGAAGAAAAGGCUUUGCCAUUUCUUUCGAUUUGACUUUGCUGCAUUUGCCUUUCCCAGAAGUUUGCUCUGGGACCUCAUAUGCAUUUCUGGAAAGAAUUAGGAUUACUUUAGAUAUCAAAGACGAAUGUCUAGAACUGAACUGAUGAAGUGAAAUCUAGACUCUUACAGAAUGGGGACCUAGCCUUGACAUCUAGUGGAAGCAAAUUCCAUAGUGUAAUUACGUGCUUUGCAAAGAAACACUUCCUUUUAUUGGUCCCAAAUAUUCCUGAAUUGUUUAAGGUCCAUUUUUUAUUUUAUGCUCCUUAAUAAUCAAAAGCAUUGUCCAGAUACAGAGCUUUGGGAAAAUUUCACUCUUCACAUUUUCCCAUAACAAUGGGGUCUAUGUUCUACUUGCAUGCCUGCUGAAGUGGUUCAUGAACCUUUGGGGAAUAAAUUUUUGGAAAGCAUUUUAAAGUCCAAGAAUAUAAUAGCCAUCAUAUUGGUCAUGUCUACUUCUGUGAAGUUCUCCAUUUUUGGCCUUGGAGGCAUUUAGGGUUUUGAGAAAAUGGAGCUCUUACCAGACGGCUAUUCUAGAGAAUCUAAUCAACUGCAAAGCACACCUUUAGCAGAAUGGCUGGUCUUCAAAUAGGUGCUGGGCUUUACACUAAUCUGGUAUUUUACAUUAGUCUGGUCAGCAAUAGUGCUGCAGGAGAAUCUGCAGCACAUUUGUACUAGUGUUAUUAAUAGCAUUUUAUUCAAGGAAAACCAGUUUAGUGAAACAAAGAGCAAGUAUGUGACUCAACGUCUCAAUAAUGCAAUUUGAAAUGCCACCAUGUUUUCAU